AUGACACAAAUCAAAAUUUACUGCGAGAUUCUUUCAAAAUUAUUACUAGAGGCACUUUAGCAUCAUCUAGAAUUACUCAUGGUGAAAUGGAAGCUUGUCUUCCAAAUAAGAAUGUUGAGAACCAGCAUCAUCGAGACAAUUACCAAGAAGAAGAUGAAAAGUCUAGUGGUCAAUUUGAAUUAGAUCUUGGUGUUCAAUUUGAAGAUGAUAAAAAGUUUAGUAGUCUAUUUGAAGACGAGAAGCCUAAUAAUCAAUUUGAAGAAGUCGAAAAGCCUGGUAUUCAAUUUGAAGAUGAUGAAAGAUCCGGUGGUCUAUUUGAAAAUGAAGAGCUUGUCAAUCAAUUUGAAAAUGAAGAGUAUAGUAGUUUAUUUGAAGACAGUGAAAAGUCUGAUAGUCUGUUUGAAGAAGAUGAAGAGUCAGAGGAUGAAAUCAAUAAUAAUGACUUCAUAUUUGAAAAACUAGCAAACUGGCUUCCAGAAAGCUUUGAAAAUGUGUUUAGUCCAUAUUUUGCAAAUUUUACUGAAAUGUCUUUUUUUAUUUGG